GGAGUAUGGUUUGACUGGCUGUACAUCAGCAAAGCUUCAUGAGAAACCUCGCGGUAUGUUCUACAAUAGUUCAGUCAAUUAUUUCUGCCGACAAUUUUAGUUGGAUACAACCAUUGCGACUGAUAUACAGCAGAAGAGCAAUCUGGAAACAUCGUUGGUAGUCUACGUUUGAAGAAAACAUGACAUUUAGUAAUUCGGUGGACAUUUCAGUAACGGUAGUUGUCACUAGUGUUGUUUAAAAGUCGGUCAGGUUUUCGACACCAUGCCCUGUAGCAACAAUCUAAUUUGGGAUAUUAGGAAACGCACCGUCGGUUCUAACGAAAUAAACAACUUUACAAGGAGUAACUACCUAGGGAGAAAAGAGUUUGUACAAAGACUCAAACUUGAAGCCACCCUUGAUGUACACCAAGGCUCUGUCAAUACAAUAUGUUGGAACGACACAGGCGAAUACAUUUUAUCGGGAUCGGAUGACGAAAAACUGGUCAUCACAAAUCCAUACAGCCGAAAAGUCAAGGCAUCCAUAACAUCAUGGCAUCAGUCCAAUAUCUUCAGUGCCAAGUUCAUGCCCCAAACCAACGACAGUAUGAUAGUGUCGGCAGCAGCGGAUGGGAAGAUCUUCCUUACCAACGUAGAGAGAGGUUCCAACACGGACCCUGUGUUGCAAUAUCACUGUCACAACGGAGCCACCUAUGAGAUAUUGACGGUGCCUACCGACCCUCAUUCUUUCCUGUCAUGUGGAGAGGAUGGAACAAUCCGGUGGUUUGAUGUCCGAGUUUCACCUGGCUGUUGGCAAACUAACUGUAAAAAGGACAUCCUUAUUGACUGUCGCAGAGCUGUAACAUCCAUGUCAAUAUCCCCUGUGGAAUCUUUUUACCUGGCCGCCGGUUGCUCUGACAGCUCAGUUCGCAUCUAUGACAGGCGCAUGCUGGGUACCAUAGCAACAGGUUGCCAGACAGGAAGUGGAGUGGCGGGUAUGUGUGUAAGGUUUGUGCCGAGGCACUUAGCAAACAAGUCGUGCCGCGUGACUUCAUUGGCAUACAGCAGGGACGGACGGCAGGUGUUGGCCAGCUACACCUCAGAGUACCUCUACCUCUUUGACCCUAAAGAUGACCGGGGCCGCGAGCUGAAGGGGCCCUCACAGGAAACAAAGGAUGAGCAAAAGGAGCCCCCACAGAAACGCCUGCGUCUGAGAGGAGACUGGUCCGACACGGGACCCCUGUCACGGCCGGAGAGUGAGAGAGGCAGGGACGGAGAAUCCAGGCCCGGCGUGUCCCUGAUGCAGAGGAUGUCCGACAUGUUGUCACGCUGGUUUGAGGACGCCAGCGUUGCCCAGAACAGCGGAGGACCCCGCCCUCAACCGCGACCCAGGGUUGGACCGGUGCAGGGCAGCAGGCUUCACCAGGAGGCUGUGGGCCCAGGGGAUCCCGGCCAGUCUCAGCUGGACCCGACGUCCAGCUUCUCCUCUAACUCCCCUUCAGCCGUGGGGACCCAGGGGAGCGGCUCCUCUGGUGAAGCUGUUCUGAGUCUGACCUACAGCACCCAGGGCACGACAAGCAGCUCUGUCCAACUGGGUUUCUCCAGCGCUCGGUCCACUGACCAUAGGGAGCCUCCCAGGAUGCGGGGCCCGCAGCAUGUGCCUGAAACUCGGGAAACCUCACCCCUCAGCCGUGUGGAGGGCAUGGAACAAGAGCCUGAAGCCGCCACACAGGCUCCGGGGGAAUGGAUGGAAAGGUUUAAUCUGAGAGGAUCGGAAUUAGGCGAAAGGGUGCUGAGACAUGUUGUAUAUCCUUCCGAAAGGCGCUCCGCCGCGGCGCGAAUCCAGGAGAUUUUCCGGAGGCGGAAAGAGAAGAAGGAGUUGGCGGAUUGCGAAACUCGGCGAAUCACGAAGCCCUCGGCCGAAAAGGUCUACAAGGGCCAUCGUAAUUCCAGAACUAUGACCAAGCAGUGUUGUUUCUGGGGGGACCAGUUUGUGCUAAGCGGCUCGGACUGCGGUCAUAUCUUCAUUUGGGACAGGGAGACAGGAGAACAUGUGAUGCUGCUGGAGGCCGACCAGCACGUCGUCAACUGUCUGCAGCCGCACCCCUACGAACCACUUCUAGCCACAUCAGGGAUAGAUUCCAACAUCAAGAUCUGGUCACCCCUGGAGGAAACGCCCUCAUUUAACAGAAUACUUGCUGAAGAGGUGGUCACCCGUAAUGAGCUGAUGCUGGAGGAGACCAGAAACACUAUCACUGUGCCUGCGUCCUUCAUGUUGAGGAUGCUUGCCCAACUGAACCACUCUAUCAGGGCAGAUUCCGAAGACAACGAAGAAGAAGAAAUCGCCUUUUAGUUAUAAUAGUGGACUACCAAAAUGAGUGAAUUGUAAACUUUAUAUUACUUUUGGAUACAUUUGGGGGCCAGUUUAUAGGCAUUGGUGGGUAGAGCCAUGGUUCUCAAACAGGGUUCUGUAGAGGAACCACUUAACAAAAUAUAGAUUUGCAACAGCAAUGGAUUAAACAAUGUUUUCCAAGGGAUCCGUGGAGUUUAGAGGUGGGAAAGCCAUUCAGUGUAAUCUUAUUCAUUAGUGACAGUUUACACACAUUCUUUACCCUGGGCAAGAUGAGCCUGUGAGGCUCACAGAAACACAAAGUCAUCAUCGUAAUACAGCACUUCUUGUUUUUUAUAUAUUUUUUUAACAUUAAUUCAUCGUUUUUUGUGUAAAAUUCAAAAUGUGGAUUUUUUUGUGUGUAAAAUUUGCUUUAACAUUGCAACAGCAAAUAUCUGUCCUAUGGUUAAAUGUGUAGCAUUGCAGGACACUAGAAAAUGUUGAAGUAUAUUCUCUCCCUUAAGACUUCCCUUAAGGUUUAUUCAUCCAUGCUCUGCCAAAAUUAUAGUAAGACUCAUUAUAUGCUAUUUUUGGGCUGGGUUCUGAUUACUUGCUGAAGCGGUAAAUGGUAGGUCAAGCUCCUGAUAGCUUCAUCAUGGGCCAGGGUAUUGCCCUUUUCUUGCUGUACACAUGUUGGUGAAUACUUCCCAGUCGAGCAGACAGUUUGAUAAGCAGAAUUACUUGGCAAGAUGCUCUUCAGAGGACCCUCCUCGACUUUCGACUCUGCCAUUAUAAAACCUAGAAUCGGAAAUUGGGAGGGGGGGGGAUAAGCAAUAAAGAAAAAAGGUUCCCCUGCCCUGAACCGUUUGAGAACCAGUGAGGUAGACAACAUGAUCACAUGUACUGUUUUAUACUUAUUGAUGUAUUUUGUUCAAGUGUAUAGCCUCUAUCUGGCCAUAAGGGUUAUAUAGAUGUCACAUAGAGGCAUUAUUUUGUCUGUUAUUUCAACGCUUUCAUUUAAUCUCUUUUUCUUGUCGACUUUCUUGUGACGACUCCAGUUAUGAAUGUUGUCACUAAACGUGUUUACCAAAGACAGUGCCUUUAAGCUAAGGGUUUAUGAAUGUAAAAAAUAUCUGUAAAAUGAAAAACACGCACAUUUGCUUGAAAUGAAUUGCCUGUUCUACCAUAUCAGAUGCAUGUUUAGUUCUAAGAUGGCACAUUGUUACAUGACAUUAAUUACGCAUGGGCUAUAGUAUUACUUACCUAGACAUGAAAUGGUCGUUGCACAAAUGUUUACUAUCACCAUCCAGUAUCUGGAUUUGAAGCCACAUUUUUAUAUUCAUGUAACCAGAAUAAGUGAGAGGUUGCCUUAAACUCUUAACAGACAUCAGUAUUUUGUUUUUAAUACAUAUUCAGAUUACACUUUA